AUGGGGUGGAACCUGGACCAUGCCGAGUCAGAGAGGGCAUUCCGCAGCACCCCAAUGGGGUGCCCUGGGGUGGCGUGCACCCCAGGGUUCUUCUGCCCACCACCCUGUGUCUACCUGCACGGGCCUGGCUGGAGGAGACACCAGGGGCCCGAUGGGGGGCCCGUGGCUGUGGUGGCCUGCAUGGGGAUCCUGCAGGAGGGGGCGGCAGCUGCGGGGCCGCGAUGCGAGGAGGCGCAGAGAAUACCGCUGCAGCAGCAGCACGCGGGGAUGAGUUUCGGCUGUGCCAAGACCCUGUUCGUGUCGGACCAGGACAAGAGGAAGCACUUCCGUCUGGAGCUCACACUGGGGUUGGUGGACGGGCAGGAGAUCGGUUCCUUCCUCAGCCGAACCAUCAAAGUUAUCUCCAAGCCAUCGAAGAAGAAGCAAUCGAUCAAGAACGCUGAGCUCUGUAUCCCGUCGGGAUCACGCGUGGCACUGUUCAACCGCCUGCGCUCGCAGACUGUGAGCACGCGCUACCUGCACACACAGGGGGGCGGCUUCGUCGCCAGCGGGCAGCAGUGGGGCGCCUUCACCCUGCACCUGGUGGAGGACUCGAGGCCUAUGCAAGGAGGCUUCUCGCUGCGUGAUGGCUUCGUACGCUACGGGGCGAGUGUGCGGCUCGUGUGCCCAGAGAGUGGCCUGGCACUGCCCACCAUGGUGAUUCGGAAGGUGGAGAAGCAGAGUGCCCUGCUGGCCGUGGAUGAGCCGGUGUCCCAGCUGCACAAGUGCGCGCUACUCGUGAAGGGCAGCGCCAGUGCCUACCUGUGCCUCUCCAACGACCGCAUCGUCCUCUACCGGGCCUCUCCGUGCACCCGCGACCCGGCACGGGAGCUGCUGGGCGACGGAGCCUGCUGGACCAUCAUCGGCACGGAGCGCGUGGAGCACAGCUUCUUGCAGCCCGCUGGGGUGGUGGGGCCGGGGGGGGGCGGCCCCCCACCCCCGCAGCUGGGGCCAGUCACCCCCAUCCCGAGCAUCACCGGCUUAGAGCUGCAUGGUGGGGGUGACGUGGCCACGCUGGAGCUGACCGGGGAGCACCUGGAGCCCGGCCUCAAGGUGUGGUUCGGCGCAGUGGAGGCUGAAACACUCUACAGGCCGCCGCGGGGCCUCCUGUGCGCGGUCCCCGACGUGUCGGCCCACGGCGGCGAGUGGCGCUGGGCCCUCCAGCCCACGCGGGUCCCCCUCACGCUGGGGCGCCCCGACGGCCUCCUGUACCCAACAGCCUACAGCUUCUGCUACACACCGGAGCCUGCGUGGGCCCUGCCGGCGGCUUCUUCGCUCGACGGCGGCCCUCCGCCCACGGCGGAGCCCGCCCUGAGCCACGCGUCGAUGUUGCCACCAUCUUUGUCCUCCUCGUUUUCGUCGUUGUUCGCCUCCUCUGGGGGGCUGGGGGUCGUGGAGGCAGCAGCAGCAUCAGGAGGAGGAGAUACGAUCCUGAGCUCCAUUCACCAGGAGUUCACGAGAUGCGGACUUCAUCUGCUCGCUCAGAGCUAGAGAUGCAGACUUCGUCUGCUCGCUCAUGCGCUGACACAUUGGGAAAAACGUCUCGAACAAAUUCAUAAAAAUCCUGAAGAAAAAAAAAUGUGCAAGAAAAAUAUAUUUUUUAAGAUGUGAAUUUCCCCCGAAGAUGAGGCUGUAAACUUUAAAACUGGAACCCCUACACAGCCACCACGGCCACUACGGCUUAACCAAACACAAAGACCCCCUCCCCCCCUGUAGCCUGUAACAGACUCUUGGGGUAAGUGCUGUUAGUGAGCACCUAUGGAGGCCGGCAUGGCACACGAGGGGGUGGGUGGCCAGCACCACACCCCGCCGCCUUUGUCUCCCCAGUCGCGAUAUUUACACACCGCACCAGGUACUUUUUCAGAAUCAGAAUAUGUAUUUCUAUUGGCGGAAUCCGAUGAGCUACAAAGCUCUUUUUCACAGAUGUCCAGUAGGGGCACGGGGUAAAAACAAACAGUACAAAAACACGAUAGUAGUGCAUUGUACGAGAAUGGCAAACAAAUCACACAAAAAGAAACAAAGAAAACUAGACCAUCCACAUCCUACCAGGAAAAACACAUUGGGGAAUUAAUUGAGGCUGAGUCGACCUAGGGGAGCCCCAGGACCGGUUCAGAUAAUCGUCACUUGUGUUGGCCGCGAGCGGGAAUCGAACUCGGGGGUCCGCGGGAUCGUAGCGCAGCGCAGCACGAACCGCUACGACGCUACCAGCUCCCUGAACCACAAUUCCAUUCACAAUCACGAUGGCAGCGUUACGUGGGGGUCAGGAUCUGGAUGCCAAUGUCGAAGUCUGCUGCUGAUGCUAUUGACACGACGAGAGAGGGCAGAGAGAGACUUCAUGUGUUGUUGAAGUAGGUGAUCUAAAACAACAACCGUGUUGAGUCUGUUGCAGAAACUGUGGCUCAAACUCAGGAAUGGAUCCCGAACGUGAUCUUGGUAGCGGUGAUCCAGUGUCUUUGGGCCGGAAGCCGUCUCGUGUUUACAGGAGAGGGUACAGCACAGCAAGUGGGAGGUCGUCGCGAGCCCGCGGGUUGUCAUCGGGAGUCGAUUGGGGUCCGUUGAAGCCGGUACACCAAUGAUCAGCGAGAUAGGACGGAGCAGAUCGAUGGGGGCUCUUGAGAAGACGAGUAGGAGGCGCGAUGACGUCUGCGUCUCGAACAAGGUGCUUACUUAACGACAAUCAUCAAUAGUUAUUAUCGAUAGUUAAUCGUCAUAAUUGAUAGUAGACCAAUGAUGUACGUGGGGCCGUUCGUGCGAACUGCAUCCCGGAGUGCUCGGAGGGAGUUUGCAGCGCGCGCAGUUUUCGCAGGGCGGUGCAGGGAGCCGUAGGCAGCGGAGUGGAAGGCGGCCAGCCAGAAUGGACGCCGCCAAGAAUUAGCCCGAGCUCUGUGGUCCUAUAUUUAGAUAUUUGGCCAGGAAUGUUUUAUGCUGGUACGAUGUUAAACUUACAAUGGGUGGUUUAUUUUUUGCAAAUCUUUAGAUGAGAUGUAUAACUUUUAUUUGUUUCAACCAGUGGUUCUUCACCUGAAGUGCACGCGUCCCCUGGGGGUGCGAGAUGCUCUUUCUGGUGGGCGUGUGAGAUGUGGCCAAAUUUCUUUUUUAGAAGGUAAAUCAUCGAAAACACAAAUUAAGCAUCGGACACGUUAAGUAACAGACUUUGUUCCAUCAAACCCUAUGUGGUUUAUGAACAUUACAUAUUUUUUUUCAAAGAUUGAGAACCAAAGGAGUCAAUAGGCAGCGGUAAAAGGUUGAGAUACCGCUGGGUUUAAAUCGCAUUUGCUGCUUACUCUUAGAGUGAGAAAGGGGAAGAUGAUACUUGGAGAUACUUGGAGAGGCCGCUGACCCCCGUAUAUUUUUGAACUAGAAGGAAAACCGCGUUGCCGAUUAAUCACCAAAAAAUAUGACGAUCGGUUUGUAUGUGUAACGGCUUAAAUACUGCAGGAGACGAGUUGCCGGAGGCAGCACGUAUUUAUUUAUAACACCCUACAGAACAGUCAUCUAUACAGCCUAGGAACACAGCCUACGGCUACGCGUGCCUGACACCGGCUACGCUCUCAGGUCCUCCGGCUAUGUCCUUCCUAGAGGAGGCCAUCUGACCCGACCUAGCCAGGGUACGUGUCCCAACCACUGGCUCAUCAAACCCGGCCCUGAUAAGGACGUCGGGCCGUGAGUACCCAGGGUCUCACCACUGAGCCACACAGAGUCCCGGCCCUGAUAAGGGCAGCGGGGCUAGGGGUCCCAGGGUCCUAUGUAGCUUACUCCGUCUUCAUUCUUCACUGGCUUCAACGACUCCCGAGCGCUCAUGCGCAUCGCCUUAUAUAGCCCUCUGCUCCCCGAGGGGCGGGGCUAGUGCGGACGUCGGUGUAGCCACCCAUGUGCGGACCGUGAUGUAGACACUGGCUACGCGAUGGCUCGCUACAUCCCGGUACGUACCACCUCUACACAUGUGUAAUGACAGGGUGACAUCUGUCGGCCUGGAGUGGUAAUUGCGGUUAUGGGUGCAUUACGUAAUGCCUUAUUAUAAGGGGGCGUAUCUGGGGUAAAGGUGAAAGGCGGAGUCAGUCUAGAAACUCCGGGAACUGGCUCGAGGGUUCUGGAAGGGGGCGUGGCCAGAGGCCGUGCCGGGGGCAGAUAUACGGAGGACCGAACCAGAGGUUCGGGGCUGCCCAGCAUCAUUUCUUCGUUCACCGACCACAUGGCUGAUCUGCUGCAAGACCCUCUUCGCUGCUGUCGCUACGCUAGUCUGACAGCUGCGUAGAUGUAUGCCGGCGAUGGGGCUGUGAGUAUUAGGAUCGCCUAUGUGUAGCUGUGUUACAUAAUGUAUCUCCCAGUGUGCUCUUCAUAAAUAAGAAGCCUUCUACUCGGCGUGUCUCGGAAGUCGCUCACUACACAUGUAUAAUAUAGGUUUUUCUUUUCUUGGGUUAGAUUGCAUAAAUAUAAAUGUGUCGUUAAACCCGCGACAACUUGUAACGAAUUGGCGUGUUCUGUUUACGUGACAAACCUUACUAAUAUGACGGCUGUGUCGGUUGGUGGCGGGUUUUAACAAUACAUUUAUAUUUACGCGAUCUAAACAAACCCCCCCCCCCCCCCCCCAUAUUAUGGAUGAUAUUGGUCGCGAAAGCCUCCUAAUACGUGUUAAACUGGUUUACAUGUUAAUUGUCCCUCUGAUUUAGA